UUUUGUCUGGUAGCUGAAAGACUACGUUCGCAACUGGCAUAUCGCGUAGUUUUGUUUUAAUUCAACAAAAGGCAAGUUUAGUAAUAAAUAUACUAAAUUUUACCACAAAACAUGGGUAAUAAAUCAUCAUUACUGUUGAGGCCAGAAGAGAUCGCUCAAAUUCAAGAGGAAACUGGAUUUACACCCAAUCAAAUAGAACGUUUGUAUUCACGCUUCACCUCUUUGGAUCGCGGAGAUUGUGGCACCUUAUCUCGUGAUGACUUCCUUCGUAUACCGGAAUUGGCCAUCAAUCCAUUGUGUGAUCGUAUUGUACAUGCCUUCUUUGCAGACAGUUCCGAUGAUCGUGUCAAUUUCCGACAAUUCAUGAAUGUAUUGGCCCAUUUCCGACCAAUCAAGGACAAAAAGGAAAACAAACUCAAUUCCAGGGAAGAUAAGCUGAAAUUUGCUUUUAAGAUGUACGACUUGGAUGAUGAUGGUGUCAUUAGCCGCGAUGAAUUGCUAAGCAUUCUCCAUAUGAUGGUUGGAGCCAAUAUCAGCCAAGACCAAUUGGUGAGCAUAGCUGAACGUACCAUUUUGGAAGCAGAUUUAUGUUGCCAGGGUAAAAUUUCCUUUGAGGACUUCUGCAAGGCAUUAGAACGAACCGACGUUGAACAGAAAAUGUCUAUACGUUUCUUGAACUAGAAGAACUGAAGAAAGGGAAUGCUGUAACAUUGGCACAAAGUUUUUAAUUUACAAAAAAUAUUUUAAAAUGUUAAGAAACAUUUGUUGCAGAUUUUCAAAUAGCCAAAACCAUCGUAAGAGGUGCUAUGCAUGUCAUGUAAUACUACAUAUUUUUAUUGCAUAGCCAAACAUGCGUUCACACCUUGCAUACAUAGCAAAGAGUAUUAACAAUAGUUAAUUUUGAGUUAACAAUUUUGUUCUUAGAAACUUUUUUUAUUUAAUUUUAUUUUUUUUUUGUUUAUGUCUUUAUUUUAUUUUUGAAUUUUUAAUUAAUCCAUUCCGCUGUUCGUGUUACCAAAAUAACGUAUCUAUCACAGAAGCAAAUAGCAAUUAAAAGAAAAAACACAGAAUAUAUACAUAUAUUACAUAUUGUAUAAAGUUUUACAUAGUAAAAAUGCCUUUUUUUUGAAAAUAGAAGCUCUGAUAUACUUUGAAGCAUUUUUAUAAGGCAUAGAAUGCAAAAAAUUGUUUAAAUAAAUUAUGUACUUAACAAUAGAUACAUUUUAAUCAA